AUUUCAAAUGUUCUGUGCUCGAAUGAUCUACCUGUUCGCAUAUGUGAUACACGCGCGCAUGCGCCUACUAUAUUACACUAUCGUGGAUCGUAGAUCUAUUCGAUUAAUUGUAACUCUUGAAGACAGUGAUCGAUCGAUAUCUUACUGAGCGACGCGUUCGAUAACAGCGCUCGAUUACUGUCAAUCUUUCAACAAAAGAAUCUCGAUUCGUUCGUCGAAAAUCCGACCCGACUCGUAAUCGAAUCGAAUCGAAUCGAAUCGAAUCGAAUAGUCGAACGAAUGCGCGAAGAGGUAUGAAAUUGAACAGACAACCGUACGGCGCAUGUAUACAUAUAAUCUAAUAGUAAGAAAUAGAUUGAUUCUAUGCGAUAGAAGAAUGCUAUAUAGGUGAGAUGUUCUUUCUCCUAGACAUAUUAAUAGUCUUCCGCAUUAUGACAGUUGACCUCUGCGUUGAUCCGAUAACGUUUUGACACUUCCGUUCGUUAUUCUCAUCAAUCAUUUCCUACCACAGAAACCAGCAUGCCAUUAGAUAUUCAAACGACUCUACGAUCGAUCAAUGAUUCAAAUAAUUUUCUGUUUAAAGAGUUGUUGAAAUAACAACCAAGGAAUAAUAUUGCAAGUCUUAUUUCGUACUACCCCUCGGAGAAUCUUUCAAUUUACAAUGAGAACGUUAAUUACGCGAUAGUAAACCUGCGCAUAGCAAAUACUUUAUAGUAUCAUCUUCGAUUUUAACCGACCUUGGUCACAAAUAUUUCACAUUUCAGACAAGAAAAUUAAAUGUUUAGCAUUUGACGACCGAUCUGAACAGAACAAGUAAACAUCGCUUAAAAAUUAAUUAAUAAUUCCACUCCUUUUUCCUAUUCCUGCUAUUUUUUGGUUUUUUUUUUUCGAAAAAACAAGGAAAAAAUUAAAGAAGUGAUUCACUGACAUUUACAUCGCUAAGUGAUUCAGUCGAACCGGAUCGUAAUAAAUUUCUAAAUAAAAUAAAUAAAAUAUAUAUAUGGAAAAGGAGAGAAAGAAUGAAGAGCAUUUGAAAAGUUAAGAUGCAUGUAGGUCACGAAAAGCUGUUGAGCGCAGGUCCGUCGGGAAAGAAACGCGACUUUUCGAUCGUUGCUGGUUGCCUCGCAAAAUACGUCGGUAGGUAGGUAGGUAGGUAGGUAGGUAGGUAGGUUGGUAGGUUGAUAGGUUGGUAGGUUGGUAGGUAGAUAGAUAGGUCGACGGACGGAACACGAAGAGAACGCCACACGUGUACAAAUGUUGUUGAACAUUUUCUUCGUCACGAGUUGUAUUCAAAUUUUAGUAAAGUAAGACAACGAAAUGUCUUUUUUCGCUUGGAAAGGAAGUACUCGGUCGGAAAGUGGCGAGCACACUGGACGAAAUUUACAAGACGGUCUUUUUCAAAUAGCCUCUCAGGCUUGCCAUAUAUUGGUACAAGUGAACAAUACGCACAACGUUUCGUACGGAGGAAGCAACAACGUAAAGAAUAUCGCAUACUCAAAAUGUUCCGGCAAAGACGGGGACUCGAUAGGUCUGGCGACUUGUUCCGCGAGCAGAGCACCAGGUUCCUCCGUGAAAUCGUACACGAAAUACGCAAAGGAGCGGGGCAAAGAUCAGGAUGUUGUCGUUCUAUUGCCGCAUCGUAAGAGCAGAACGCCUCUUGUUAAGCACAAAUUAUCCACAGUCUCGGAGAACGCGCGAUUGGAAUUGAAUCCGUCGAACUGCGGUCACGGUGGCAGUGCCGGUGGCGGAAACGUCGGCGUCGGCAUCGGCGUCGGUGCAACGAACGUUAACAAUAACGUCGCGGACGACGAUUUCGAACUAUGGGAUCAGUCUGGUUUUAUGUUGAGACACGACGUGGACGAUCCAUUGACCAGUGGCAAAUGGGGAGGUGCGCAAGGAUGGUGCAAACCGAGUUGCAUCCCGAUUACGGUCAUACUGAUCUUGAUAGUGCUGGUCGUUUUAUUACCGUUGUUGGAUCACGCCGCGGACAAGUACACGUUAAACAACACGAGUUUCGACUUCGACUCGAGCUGUAUGAACGGAUGCAAUUUAUCGCUGGUGGAAAGUUUACCGAUAGGUAUGAAUUAUAGUAACGGUAAUUUUUUCACCGUCGAAAACACUUACGACACGUGGUUGAGGCUGAUCUCGAUGGCGCAAGAGAGGAUAGAGAUAGCCUCGUUCUAUUGGACUCUGAGAAGGGAAGACGUGUAUCCCGACGACAGCGCGAAACAGGGCGAAGAGAUUUUUGCCUCGCUUCUUCGAGCGGGUAGAGAUCGGAAUAUCGAAUUGACUAUAGCGCAAAAUCAACCCUCGCGAGUCAGUCCAAACGUCGAUACAGAACUAUUGGCGAAAAAGGCUAAUGCUAAGGUGAAAAGUUUAAACUUUGCGGCUUUACUCGGAGGAGGGGUGCUUCACACAAAAUUAUGGCUGAUCGACAGAACCCACGUGUACGUUGGUUCCGCGAAUAUGGAUUGGCGAUCGCUCACCCAGGUGAAAGAGCUCGGUUUGCUCGUUUUAAAUUGCACCUGUCUGGCUAACGAUUACGCAAAGAUCUUUGACGUCUAUUGGAUGGUCGGCCAAGAGGGCAAAGUGCCGCCGGCAUGGCCAGAUUCCUUGAGUACAAAGAUCAAUCUAAAGAAUCCGAUGAAAUUCACCUUCAUGGAUAACAAGUAUAAAACAUUCAUCGCGAGUUCGCCUCCGCCUUUUUCGCCAAAAGGUAGAACCGACGACAUCGAUGCUAUUCUCUAUUCCAUCGAGAAGGCAGAGAAAUUCAUUUACAUCGCGGUGAUGGACUAUUUUCCUCUAACCAUAUAUACUCCUAAAAUCAGGUACUGGCCGAUUAUAGACGACGCUCUUAGAACGGCGGCUGUCGAACGCAAAGUACAGGUACGGCUGUUGAUCUCUUCCUGGAAGCAUUCGAGAAAAUCGGAGAUCGCGUUCCUGAAAUCGCUGGAGGAUCUGACGGAUAGUUACGCGGGUGUGAAAAUCGAAGUGAGGAGAUUCAUCGUUCCUACGAAUCCAGAUUUCGAUAAGAUACCGUUCUCCAGGGUGAACCACAACAAGUACAUGGUAACCGAGACAAUCGCGUACAUAGGAACGAGCAACUGGUCCGGCGAUUAUUUUAUAAAUACCGCAGGUGUAGGCACGGUAUUCGAAAGUAUCGGCGAUCAAACAAUGGACAACCUGAGACAACAACUGGAGAACGUAUUUCAUCGCGACUGGUACUCGGAAUACUCUUACGCUCUGAAUGGAAGUUCGCAGUGGUCGGAACGAGCGACGAAUACAAUCGCGGACGAUUAUUAUCUGCAAUCGUCCCGCUAUGUAUUAGCGUGACAAUUUCAAGACCGUACAACGAUUCUAGGAUGACCAGCGGACAAAAUUAUAAUCGCAUCUGCCCGAUCGAACGCUCGACGAAGCUUUUAAAUGUCACGUCUGUCGUCAUUGACAAACUUUUCGAAUCCUUUUUUCCUCUUCUACGAAACGCUCGGCAAAUAUCGACUUCGAGCUGACAUUUUAUUUGUUCCGCCUGUGAUACGUAUGUCGAUGUACAAACACACGCAUACUUCUUCCAUCUUCCUUUGCCAUCUUCUUCCGUCUUGUUUAUUUCGUACCGUUCCUUCCUUUUCGCUCCCACACCUCGUAUCUUCGUCACUUUCCCACCCCCUUCGCUCUACCACCAACGCGUUGUCUCUUUCAUCGUAUAUGCGCGAGUACGAGUAUCUUCCCGACCCAUCCGUUUAUCUAUGGUCCUCGCGCUCGUCCACGCGCAAACAGGUUCGCACCUACGUACGCGUAUGCAUAAACACGUACACGCACGCGGUACGCGUCGGUAUAAGUGUAGAGCCAACACAUAUUCGCACGCAUAUUAAUCACGAAAGACGAUUACAUUUAAAAUCUUAAAGCUAUAAGAACGAUCUUAUAUAACGAAUGUCUCCGUGCCUUGCUUAAAGUGCCCUUGCAAAUCUUUUCUACAAAGGAUCGUUUUUUCUACUUAAAACGUAUGUAAAUCGUAACUACACGACGGCCAUCCGUUUAAGAACAGGCCUGUUUAAUAAAUGCAAGUCUACUCGAUCGUUUCGAAACCAGGCCUACCUUAUUUACGCCUUAUUCUAGGAAGAAGAAUGACGGACUAGAUAAAUAGUAACAGUGGAGCAUUAAAUUUAUGCGCAUACGUGUAUAAGUUUAAUCGAAAAUUAUCGUAAUUACUAUGUUCCUUAUUAUUUUGUUUUGUAAAAAAAACUUUCAAUUUUA